AUGGUAACGAUAUUUACCACAGGCAGAGGCGGUUGGAGGUGUCUUGAAAACAAUAUGGAGAACCCCGCGCACGUUUACACAACGGGGAUUCCAAUGUCAGAGAAAGGAAAUUUUGGUCAGAAUAAGUAUGGCUGCGUUAGUGGUGAGACGUUAGAUUUAGAACACAUCAACAAAUUGGAUGAUCACAAUUAUCCAUGUGAUUCUCAACUAGUCUUGCGUGAUUUAAGCUGUGAGAAUAGUGAGUUCAUUAACAAUUCGAUUCAAGAUGGCUUCCAAUCAGAAAUACUGUGCAGUUUUAUCUGUGAUGCCGGCUUACCAUCGAAUGAUGACCCUCUUGUGGAUGGAACAUCUUUGGAGAUGGAUGCGAUUACCGAAUCGGAUUCGCAUAUUAAAUUCAUUAAUUCUCCAGGAACAUCUUUUUCUGACAAACUAUGCGCCUUUUCGUCGAUGGAAGUUCCGGUGCCAAACCUCGACGAACAGCUAGAAAACUAUUUACUUCCCGAGUUUAAAGUAAUAGAACACAAACCUCAUGCUUCAGAAUCUCUUGAGGAGCAGCAAAGAACGGUUACGGAAACCAUAUCGGCGAUUGCAAAAAGUUUUGGGCUGGAAGAUCUGCUUCCUGAUACAUUUCAAGUAGAUGGCAAUAAAGAUGUUCUCUCUGAGUCGAUGGAAACUAACAGUUUAUGUGAUGGUAGCGCUGAAAAUAUUACAGGGAUAUCUUUACAUGAUUUUGAGAAGUGUGGUGAUAUACGAUCGCCUGAUUCUACUUUAUGUCUACAAGAACAUUUUGAUACAGAAGCGGAAAAAUAUGUUUUGGACAGCUUGGAAAUAUUAAGUGAUCCCUGUGAAGCUAAUCAUAGCUCUUUUGAUGAUCAACAUUUUGAAGUAGAAAUUGACGCAUCUACACAGGGUAUUGAUAGUACUGUUGAUAUGAACCAAGAUAAUCCUGAAUUUUGCCAAGAAAUUGGAAAUGUCAUAAAUGCAGAGUUCGUUAAUGACAUACCCAUUGUUAGCAUUUCUGAAGAUCAAGAUCAAAACGCCAAAGAAAAUUCCCAGGCAUGUUCCAGUUCUGGAACAGUAGUUAUUACUAGAGAUAAAACUUCACGGAAAAUGCAAAUAGUAUUGACCUUAGGUCAAGGGCAAAAGGUAUACGAUAUUGAUACUGAAGAUAUUGGGUGUAAUGAACAACCACUAGAUUUAGAGUUUCAAGAACCUAUUAGUGAUGAGAAUUUGACUGAAGAAUUGACAGAAUCGCCUAACAUUGUUAAUUUCUCAGAAGACAAACAUGUUUCUGUUCCUGAGGAAACUGAAUCAGAACACAAUGAUGACCCUGAAGAAUUAGAAUCGAAUAUCCAACAUGCUAAUUUGGCAGAAUUCAUAUCCAAUUUACCUGUCACCAACAAAGCUAGGAGAGGGAAAACAUGGGUUUGUCCCAUCGAAGAUUGUGGACAGAUCUUGGAUAAAGAAUGCAAACUCAGGGUACAUAUGAUCAAUCAUAAUGGCGCCAGACCAUAUAAAUGUGAAGUCGAAGGGUGCGAUUGGGCCUUCACUACUCUAUACAGGUUAAGAAGGCAUGUAGAAACUCAUUUUGGAUCAAAAGAUUAUGAGUGUGAUUUUGAAGGUUGCAAUAGAAAAUUUACUACUGUUUACAAUUUAAAGACUCACAAAAAGCGACACAAAUGGCCAAAUUCCCUCACUUGUCCGUCAAAAAAUUGCAAAAUGAGCUUCGCAAAUCGUAGAAAAUUAGAAUUGCAUCUCAGGGUUCAUGAAGAUGUUGAAGCACCUUAUAAAUGUUCUUUGUGUGGCAAGCAAUAUUAUUCUGCAAAUUGCAUUGCAUCUCAUUACCGUACACAUCAGUACAAUGAGGAUGAUUUUAAAUGUCCAUUUCAAGGUUGUGGCAAAGUAUAUGAUAAAAUAUGCAGGCUCCGUCAACAUAUCAGACAUCAUACUGGUGAUCGUCCUUACUCGUGCCCCGCAGAGGGGUGCAAGUGGAGUUUUAUGAGUGCCAGUAAACUGACAAGACAUAUGCGCAAGCAUACGGGUGAACGUAAAUUUGUCUGUACUGAACCUGGUUGCGGUAAAUCUUUCAUGAGACCAGAACAUUUGAAAGGACAUAUUGUCAUUCAUUCGGGAGACAAACCUUUCGAAUGUCCUCAUGAAAAUUGCAAUGCAAGAUUUACUGCUAAAUCUAGUCUUUAUGUUCAUGUGAAAAAGCAUUGUCCUAGUGUGUUAAAAGUUGUUUAUCCUUGUCCAGCUCCAUCCUGUAUCAAAAAGUAUAACAGCAAAGCAACCCUCAAACAGCACCUCCAGAAGUUUCAUCCGGAAGUGAUGGCCAAUGGUAAAGAAUUAAAUAUAGCCGAGAAAUUGGAAUUGACUAUGCCUGUUUCUGUGGUGAAUCAGGACUCUGGGAAAUCUCUUCAGUUUUUGGAAAUAGAGGAAGGCAUCACAGAUGAUCCCGAUUCAAAUUUAAAGCUGGAGUUGUUGAAAGCAUCUGAACAAUCGGUGAAAAAUGAUGCUCCCUUAUCGGUUAACACAAACUCUUGCCCCGUCAUAAUCAAUACAAUACAAUGCUUGGACCUAUCUUACAAAGCUGUGCCAAAAUCAUCUAAAGCCAAUGUAAAAGAACAGUCAUCUGCUAAAAAUGCUAAACCUACAAAUUUGAAUUUUCCGUCGGUAACGUUAAUUCAUACAAAUGUAGGAGGUUGUGCAAGGACUGAUUAUUAUUGUGAUUAUAUUAAAAAAUGUGAACCAGAACCUAGUAACAUAGAUUUAAAUGAAAACACGAGUGAUGAUACAAAAAAUUAUUUAUCUCAUAGUCAUUCAAGUAUGGUUGUAAAAACCCCCGACAUAAUGCUUGCGUCUUCUCUCAUUUUUAAUGAUCACACACCAGAGCAUGUGUUAAAAAGUCAUUUCUCCCAUGAUGAAUCUUCAACUAGCCAUAGCUUAUAUCAUGAUGACAUACUAGCUAAUAGCUCAACUUUUGGAACUGAACUCAUACCCGUAUCACUUUUGUCAGAUGGAGGGGAAAGUAACUCUUCUGUUGUGUUUUCUGAACAAAAUGUUGAUGCGUUUCGUGAUUCGAUCCAUUUACAUGAUUUGGAUUGAUGUUAGUUGUUUAAUAGGUUUUAAAAAUGUACAUAUAGUUUUGCUUAUUUGUACAAUUUUUACUUAAAAUUUGUUAAAGUUGAAAUUUUUUACCUGUUACAUCUAUUUUUAAU